CAGAUAGGAAAUGCUCCUAGACACUCGGUUGAGCAUUACCGUGACCAAUUAUCUCUGAUUAGACCUGGCCAGUUUAUCUGGACGUCGUACGCACCUUGCACACUGCCUGACUACUGCAAUGAUGUGAAUGGAUGCUCUUUGUGCGAAACCUACCUGGUAUGUUGGGCCUAAGUCGAGGCCCAUGAGCCUGGAAGAGUGCGCCGACAGUUCAAUCGGUACCAGGAUAUACCUCAGUACGUAGACAGAAUGCUAAGGAAUGCCGAUCAUUUGGGCAAAACUGAUCGGCGUGGCAAGAAGGGCAACAACUGGGCAAACACGCAUCAGUUCUACAUUGGGGAGUGGGACAUGAGGUACGAAAGGUUCCAAGCUGCCGAGUACGCCGCACCGAUGUCCAUGAAUAUCCCCAUGAACACGGGGUAUAUGGCGUGGUAUAACAGGAUUACUGUGACGUACAUGACUCAACCUGGGACACGGGCCACUGCUGGGAUGAACGAGUCGGCUGCUUCGAUGAGACUAUUUGUUGAGGGUUUUCAGCAGGUUUUCCAUUUAACUACGGAAGACGAAAUGGACCCACGAGUGCGCCAGAUUCGGGAAAUUGUUAAGAAUGUCCUCGAAUCUACGAACAACGCUGAUGUCAUGGAGUACCCCGCUUCUCAACAUCAGGAUGUGGUCAUGCCUUAUGAACCAGAAGUAGUUCCACGGCGUCGUGGAGUGCCUGGUGUUCGGACUGGAGGACACGGCUACACAAAGCAGUUUAGGAUGUCCCAGCCGGUGCCCGAUUAUGUAGCACCAGAGCCGCAGUAUCAAGAGCAUGACCCACCCCAGUGGUAUUCAUACCCGGCGCAUGAGUCCCAGUCACAGUGGGAGCGUCCCCAGUAUUCUCCUAGCCAGCCUGAGCCCGAUUGGACUCGUCGCCCAUAUUCACAAAGCCAAGACGUGCCGCAAUGGAGUGGAGCUCGAGCGUCGGUCGAUUCAUUCUUCCAGAAUUAUCAGAUCGUGCCUUCUGUCCAAGCUGAAAAAGAGGAUGAUGAUGAAGGAGAAGAAGAAACUGGCAACAUAGAGACGGAAAACGAGGAGGAACAGAGCAUCCAUGUCGAACCUCGACAUGGUAUGGAGGGUUCAUCACGCGGCGGGGUUGGGAAGCUCAUAAGUAAAGUGUACAAUAGACUGUCAACGAGGAAGAAUAAGGGGAUUGAACCGUCUAAAUACACUCCGUCGUCGUAUAAGUAGCAAUUGUCAUUCGGAAUAAUUUAGUGUAUGGUUAAGCUAUGGUAUUGAUUAGAUUGUUUUAUCCGGAAUAAUUUAU